AUGGAUCUCGAGGACAUUAUUGAGUCAUUCAAAUCUCGAGUCAACAAGCUCUCACAAGACUGGGAAGCACUUUCAAUUGCAUUUGAAGAUGCCAGUACACCUGACGAGGAAGUCAAUUAUUUUAAGGCCAGACUCGAGCUCGUGCAAGAGCAAAAUUCGGCAAUCAUUGUGAACUUAGACCAAAUGAAGCAGCAUAUGAAUUUGGAUGAUGGGGCCUCAAACAACGUUUUUAACCUUUUAGCCGCGUCAUCGAAUGUUUUCGUCAAACAUCCACAGGAAUCUAAUAGGAAGUCAUCCAAAACAGUGAUCCCGCCUUUGUACUCAAAAACUGAAGUCUCUGAAAAACCAAGUCCAGAAGGAUCUACCGUAAGGUGCGGCGCUUCACAGGAAGUGGCCAAGGAAGAUCGAAUAGCGGAAAAUGAGGCUUCUGAUAACAAUGAGGGGAACGAUACAACUGUAGAAGACCAAGAAAAUGGAGAAUAUGCGCCAAGCUCAGAUUAUAGCUUUGCAAGGUGCUUUUCACCUCGCGACAAAGCCCCUGGAGUUAAUGUACUCCAAAUGAAACCCUUUCGCAAUAUUACCAAUAUGAAUAGGGGAAACGUGUCUUUCUAUGGCUCGAUGGAGACAAAAUCGAGAUUUUCGAGAGAUAGAGAAAUCGAAGCGUAUGGACUAAAGAUGGCGGAAACUCCGAGGUCUGUCGCUGAACUGUAUCGAGAAUUCGACGACAGUUUGCGCAUACAGAUAAUGGAGUUCGAGAAAAAAUUCGGUAAGGGCCAACUGUCACGAAUACCUAAAAUUCGAACCUACCAAAGGCGAAGAGCACUUGUCAGUGAAAUCGACAAGUAUGCGAGAUUUAGUAGAAAAUCAACCCCGGACGCCAUUCAAUUUUUUGAAAAUAUUCUACAAGAAAAGAACAAAACGGUGCCGUGGUUGUACAAUAAUUUAGGAAAAGUUUUGGCAGAGUAUUUGUGA